AUGACAUUGAACAAAGUAAUUGGUACUCGUGUGGAAACAAUAACGAACAAUGCUCAAAAUCUCACCAAUGACCAGGUUGUACUCAUCUUCAAUGAUUUUCUCAGCGAGGUAACCAAACAAUACGAAGAGUGCGAAGUUGAUGAUUGCUUGGAAACUAUUGAAUAUAUUUUGGAUGUGAUUCUGAAAAUUCCCAUUAAACAACUAAUAUCAGAAUCUAUAAUCUCGCAUGCUCUAUUUCCAUUUUUUCGUGAUAUUACCAUUCGUAUAUUAAAAAAAUGGCGUUCAGAAUGUUCACGCUUGAAUAUUCGAGAAACAAAUAUAUUUGAAAAAAUUAUUCAGUUAUUCUCAUCACUAAUCGAUGAUACUGACGUAAUCACUAAAUUAUUGACCAACGAAGAACUAUUUGCAGAAGUGAAAUUGCAAAUGGAGGAUAGUUGGAAUAAUAAAUUGAAUGUAAAUGAUGAUCCAAAUAUCACUAACCUAGGAUUAUUCUGUGUGCAUACUUUGAAAAAUACCGGCCUAUUUGAUAACAAUAAAAAUAUCUCAUUACUAAUCGGUCAUAUAACAAAUUGUAUUAAAUCAUUGGAUUAUAUCAGCGCAUUAAAAAAACUUCAGCUGGAACCUAAUAUUCUAAGUCACACCGAUAAAUUUCUAUUAUACACAUGUUUUGAAUAUUUUCCAAAACGUUGUCCACCGGAUAGUAAACAACACAUUGUUAUCGAUCUUUGUAGUGCGAUGCUGGAACGUUAUGAAUAUACCUUGGAGCAUUUACUGUCAUCCAAUGUUGAAUUUAGCAAACAUUCAGUUAUUAUCUCGUUAGAGUAUAUUCUUAACAUUUUUUACUUGUUAUUAGACGCUGAAGUACCAAAUACAUUUAGAAAACAUGCAAAAAUCGUUGAUCAUUUACUCACUAUUCUUAGUAAUAAAACUCUAUUUGAUUAUCUUCAAUUAAGGCCCGACGAUAAUAAUAACUAUUUCAAUACUCCUUCUACUACUACGUUAAUGUUGUCAGCUAUUAAAACGUUUGAUGCCGCAUCAUCUAAUCCGGAUUUAUUACCGAUCAUUAAAGAUAAACAAAAAACAAAAUUAUUCUUGAAAUUAGCUACAGUAAGUCAUGAAGAAAUAAAAAUUUAUGCGAAUAACAUAAUGGCAAAUACUAUAAGCGAACAUGAAUUGGAAUAUAUGGGUAAUGCACAAGAAAUGACUUCAAUGUAUAUUGAUAAAUUGAAACAAAUUUCAAGUAAUCCUAAAGAAGCAUCAAAAUCAUUAUCUGGUUUAAAAGCACUUGUUCAGCACGAUCACAUUAAAGAUGAACUUAUUAGACAAGAUGGUCUUUCACUAUUGAUAAAGUACGCUUGUAAUGAUUAUUCGAUUGAAACACAACGUGAUGCUCUAGAUAUUCUAUGGACUACUGCUUUCAACGAUGAUGCAGCUGCCGCUCUGAAACAUGAUGAAAAAUUUAUGACAUAUGUCAAGUCGUUGCUAACCUCAAAUGAUCCAAAAUUGAAAAAGACAGCUGAGGGGAUCAUCUGGAAACUGGAAAAAGAGAAAGAAUUCAAAGAGAAAAAGGCUAAGUUAUCAGGAACAAACGAGACGGAUAAUGCUAGUGACGAGGAAGAACCAACAAAAGUUGAAUAUGAUAUAAUGAUCAGUUAUUCAUGGGCCGAUCAAGAUUUGUGUGCAAAAAUUCAUGAAGGACUUCUUGCCAAAAGUUUUCGGGUAUGGUUAGAUAAAAAUGAAAUGCACGGAUCAACCAUUGAAGCAAUGGCAAAUGCAGUAGAUUCAUCUGAAUUCAUUUUGAUGUGCAUGUCUGAGACAUAUAAGCGAAGUACCAAUUGUAAAUCGGAAGCAGAAUAUGCAUUUAGUCGAAAACGUCGAAUAAUACCGAUUAUUAUGCGAGAAAAAUAUCGUCCAGAUGGAUGGUUGGGAUUUAUUGCCGGUUCACGCAUGUACAUUGAUUUUGGUGAAUUUGAUGUACAAACAGGAUUGGAAAAAUUAAUUAAUGAAAUUGAACUAAACAGGGUGAAACCAAAGCAAAAACCUCCACCGCCAAGAAACGUGUCUAGUGAUGAUUUACAAUUAGUACAGAAAAGUAGUGGAAAUGCUGACCAAGUACAAACUGUACAACCCAAAUACGUCGUCAAAUUUGAUACACAUAACAUAUCUAUAGAAUCGUGGUCAGAAGAUGAUGUUACUGAUUUUCUACAUGAGAAUAAACUAGAAAUCAUGUUACCGUUUUGUCAACAGAUUACUGGUGAAGAGUUGCAGUUCAUGUAUAAAAUGUGUGAAUCAAAUCCAAAUUCAAUGUAUUUAUCUUUAAAAGCCGAAUUAUAUAAAACAAAAAAUAAAGUAUUACCCAUUGCAACGUAUCUUAAAUUUGUUAAUCACCUAAAACAAUGCGUUUAUGAAUCAAAUUAA